GGCGGCUGGGGCUGCUGCUGUGGUUGUGGCGACGGAAGGAAGCGGCGCCGGCGGUUGCGCAUGCUGAGGGAGCCGCAGCAGCUUGGGUGUAUGAAGACACGCCAGCCCCACUGCAUCUGCUGGUCCUCCUCAGGUGACAAGUGACUUGGCUCCACUUUUGUCAUGCAGCCCCCUCCGCAGACAGCCCCCAUGGGGGUCGGAGGCCCUCCUCCUCUCGCUCCCCCCUGGAAUAUGCAUUGGCGAAAUGGCCCAUACGGCAGGCGAGCGAACGCACCCACCUCUGCGGCAGCGGCGGCUGGGCCUGUGCAGCCGGUGACAGACCCCUUUGCCUUUGGCAAGCAAGCCCCACAGGCUUCCCCACUGAGCAGUGCACCCAAGGGAGAUCCAGCCCUUGCACACGGCUCUUCCCCAGUGGCUUUUCCUUCACCUGCUGUUCCCCUUCCUCUUCAUCUGUCCUCCUGGGACACUUCUCACGGACCGACUCCGUCCUCAGCCUCAGCCUCUCAGCCGGGAGCCAGCAGCACCUUUUCCAUUCCAACAGCCUCCUCGUCAUCUUUCCCCGAAGGGGUGACCAACAGCACUGAAAUGCAUCAAAACGUAGAGCACAGCCCUCGCCACACGGCGGAACAGCCUCGGUCCAUGAGAAUCUCCCUUGAAAAUUCUGUCCUGGACAGGCCGUCAGGGGGGCCUGAUGUGAGUAGGAAUCCAGGCCACCCCGGUGCGGUCCCCGUGCCAUUGCCUGCCUUCUCCCACCUUCAGUGGAUGUCUCCCCAAAGCCCUGCUUAUUUGCCUUACCCAGAGCCUCUGUCCCGAAACGCCUUUGGUAGUGCUGCGCAUUCCAGUGUCGCUGUUUCCCAGUCGGGCCCCCAGGUGGAUCCCCACCCAGCUCCUCCUCAGCAGCCUGUGCUCCCCAGUGCCACCCAGGCACCCCUGGCACUUGCCGAGGCAUCCAGCAUGACCCUCCCUCCCAGCGGUGCUUGGCAGAACCCAGGGGGCACAAGUCCUUGGGCUGGCCAGCUCCCCCAAGAACACUUUUACUUGCAGCCCCUGGAAGUGACUUAUCCCUCGGGCCACCCCACUUCUCAGGAAAACAGCCCCUCCGGCCAUGCCCGAGGGGUGACUGAGGCAGGAAGUGGGCCGUGCCCAUCCGAGGCAGAUUCAGGGACAAUUUCAAUGUUCUUCAAGGGAGAUGAAGCCGAGAACGAAGAAAUACUUUCAUCAGAAAAAAAUGACCAGGCUGCCAAAGCAGAUGUGGACGCUUUCCAGCAGACUAUGGGACACACCUACUACCAGCCUUUGCACGCCCACCAAGCACCCCCGGCUCAUUUUUCGCCAGCCCAGGCAAAUGCAGCCGUGGCAGCAGAGGCAGCACCAAAGGACGUGGACGCCCAGCGAUUCUUUAGAGCGGCAGCCACUCAGCAGGCUGGUGAGAAGGCGCCCUUCCUCAGUGAGGACAGAGCCAGCCUCGUUCAACAGCAAGCAGGAAGCCAUUCUGCCAGCGUGGCGUAUGAAAGCGUUGAAAACCAGGAGUGCGUUCAGAAUCAGGAAGUUUUGCCGAGGGAGCCAUCGUCUCAGAACCGCUCAUCCCCGGGGGCAGCUUCGGAUUCCAGCCGGUAUGCCUCUCUGGCCCCGCUGCUUCCGAAGAGCCACGUCGGGAGCCAUAUGGAAGGAGGGCCCAACAUAGAGGCCCCCAGCGCGUUCCCACGGCCCGUCCGGCCCGACAGCGUCUCCUCUAACUAUAGCAACCUGAGCCACCGGAGCGCGCCCAGCGCUGCCCGGCCUCAGGAGCUGGGGACGUUCAUCCAGCAGGAAAGCGGGAGGCCCGAACAAGAGGCUUCUCGGGGCUUUUUCAAGCAGAUCGACUCCUCUCCACUGGGGACAGAUGUGUGGGAGCAGGAGCCCGGCCAGAAUUACCGCAGCCCCCUCUCCCUAGCACCAACACCCAGCCCCCCAAAGCCCACGGGAGUGUUUCAGACCAGUGCCAACAGCUCCUUUGAGCCAGUGAGGGCCCACAGCCUGGGCGUGAAGCCUGCGGAGGCCGAUCAGGCGAAGAUGGUGGCCGAGCUGAGAGGGGAUCAUCCAAACCGAAGGAGUACUGAAAGGAGCCCUGCGGUCUCUGUGGCCUCCCCAGGGAAUCUUGAGCAGCCUCCUGACAACCUGGAAAUGCUCUUCCUGCCCCCGCCCCACCCACUGCCUCUCCCCCUCGUGGGCAGCAGCGGAAGCCCCCGGCAGCCUGCCAGCGGGCCAGGGGUGGGGCAGGGACCCCUGGCGCCUGAGAAGAGGCCGACCACCAGAGCUCAGGGAAUGGCGAAGAAGUGCGAGAGCCCGGCCACAACCCUUUGGGCGCACAACGAGUUGCCCAGUUUUGGGAGCAACGUGCUCCUUGCCCCAGCCGCUCCUGCGGUGCACGUCCCGGCCAAGCAGCCCACACAGGUGGUUCAGCCCCCGGAGGAAGCGUUGCUAAGGAAGCCAGGUUCCCAGGCUGGAAGCCUCCCGUCUGAAAAUUUGGAAAACCCUCCCAAGCUGGGGGACGAAGACGCCCUUUGCUCUCAGGGAAGUUUGGGUUAUGCCAGCCUCCUUUCCUCUCCCCCGACAGAGACGCUGCAGAACCAGCCCAUCUUGCUUGCCCAGCCCAGUCAGCUGGGCCAGCCUGAGAAGAGCCAUUCAGCAAAGGACCCGGGGGCUGGUGGGAAACCUUUGCUGGGGAAGAACAGCAGCUGCAGCUUGUCUGGUGAAAACACACCUGGUGUUUUAGUUCACCCAAAUACCAGUUUCUUCCACAGCCCACUUAGCACCGCUGAAACCGCUGCCCCCAAAUCACUGAUUCAGCCCGUUUCUCACGUCCCGCUCACCUUGGCUGCAGAAGGCCCGCAGCUCCCCGCUGCAGAAGGGCUGCCUUUGGAAAGCAGCAGCAAGCCUCAGGCCAGCGUUCCUCUCUCCCACGUAGGUGCUGCGAUUCCCACCGUCGGGUCCAACAGCAGCCUUCCCGGUCGGUCUCAGAACGCUUCAAAUAGCCAAGAGUUUUCCAAAGCUCUGGGUUUUGCAGGAGCAAAGUCUCAGGAGCAAAGCAGGGCAGGAGUUGGUCCUCAAGGGCUCAGCCAGUCACUUUUGGGCAGCCAGAUGCUUCCUCUGCCCCACGGACUUGCUGGCCCUGGGGAGCCCUGGGCUCGUGGCCCGCAGCAGUUCUAUCAGCAGGUAACAAAGGACGUGGAGCCCGUGGAGCCCUCAGAUCAAGGCAUGCCCUUGGAGCUGGCAGUGCCAGCCGCCGCCGCUGCAGCCUCACCACCACCAGCUUCUCGGCACUCUUCCGUUCCUCUCAACCUCCAGGUGCCUCCUGGAAACAAUCCUGCUCAGGUGCUGAGUCCGAAGCCUUGCCCCAGCGGUCCCUUGGAAGGGAGUUCGGCCCUGCCUCUGGCCGGCCAUCCUCAGGCGAGCGCUGACUUCAGGCAGAGUCCUGGCAUCACCCCAGGUGUCGGCCCUCCUCCUGGGUCAACCGCCGUGAGUGGUGGCCAGCCCGCUCGCCCCCCUUCGCGCCACGAGGAGCAGUACCCGUCGUCUUCGCAGAACCCCCAGAACGCCUAUGGCCCGCCGCCCGACUCCUACUACUACUACCGGCACCCGUACAACAGCUACCCCUACCCUCCAGUGGAUCCUAGGGCUGCUCACCUUUACUACCAGGAUGUAUACGGCCAGUACAACCCUUCUUACGGCCAGUACGACAACACAGCUGCCUAUCGAGACACUGGGAAUUACUGGUACCCGGAGCCCGAGCGCCCCAGUUCAAGAGCGAGCCACAGUUCAGAGAGGCCGCCCUCAAGACAAGGUUAUCCUGAUGAUUGUUACAACACCAAAAGUGGAUGGAAUGGCUACUAUGGAGACUAUUACACAAAUCCGUAUGAUAAUGGAGAUCGUUACCCAUCAACUUACGAUGCCAGGUUCCGAGAUCCUCGGCUUUAUGACCAGAGGUAUUGGUACAACACGGACCCCAACCUUUACCCAAAGAGAGAACCCUAUGCACAUGGAAACAGUCAUGACCGGUAUGAAGAUCAUUGGCGAUACGACCCUCGUUUUGUUAGCAGCUUUGAUGAAGACUCGGAGCCGCGCAGGGAUCCGUACGGGGAUGACAGUGACUGGCGCAGUGUCCACAGUGAGCAUUCGGGACACAGUCUGCGCAGCUCCCGCAGCCGCCAGAGCAGCUUCAGCUCCCGUUCCCAGCAAAGCCAGAGGUAUCGAAGCAAUCACGACUUGACAGUCACUGCCUAUGAUGCUGACCAUCAGCCAGCCUCACUCGGUGUAGACUAUUCCUCUGGGGUGUACUACGCCAACCAGACACCUUUGAACGAUUAUAAUCACUUAGCCCAAAGUGCUUGGGCAGGUGUAGAACAAGUCCCUUCCAGACCUCUGACCCCUGAGAAAUUUCCGGUACAACACAUGUGUGCAAAAUUUGGGCCUGGGGGUCACCUGAUAAAAGUGCUACCCAACCUGCCCUCCGAAGGCCAGCCAGCCUUGGUCGAGAUCCACAGCAUGGAGAUGGUCAUGCAACACUCUUCGGAGCAAGAGGAGAUGAGAGCUUUCCCCGGCCCUCUCACCAAAGAUGAUACCCAUAAAGUGGAUGUUAUUAAUUUUGCCCAGAACAAAGCCACCCGCUGCUCUCAGAACGAUGCUCUGAUUGACAGGGAAUCUGCUCGGCUUCUCUGGGACUUUGUCGUUCUCCUGUGCAGGCAAAAUGGGACAGUGGUGGGCACAGACCUUGCUGAGCUUCUGCUGCAGGACCAUAAGACAGUGUGGCUGCCCGGGAAGUCACCCAACGAAGCCAACUUGAUUGACUUCACCAACGAGGCUCUGGAGCAGGUGGUGGAAGAAUCCGGGGAAGCUCAGUUGUCUUUCCUGACAGACAGCCUCGUUGCCACCAUCGACAGCCUUGAGAAGGAAACAGAACGCUUCCGAGAGCUGCUGCUUUAUGGGCGCAAAAAGGACGCUCUGGAAUCUGCCAUGAAACGUGGGCUUUGGGGCCACGCGUUGUUGCUUGCCAGUAAAAUGGAUAGCAGGACACAUGCCAGAGUGAUGACCAGAUUCGCCAACAGCCUCCCGAUAAACGAUCCGCUGCAGACGGUUUACCAGCUGAUGUCUGGCAGAAUGCCAGCGGCGUCUACGUGUUGUGGAGAUGAGAAGUGGGGAGACUGGAGGCCUCACCUGGCAAUGGUCCUGUCCAAUUUGACUAAUAACAUGGACGUGGAGUCAAGGACGAUCAUCACCAUGGGUGACACACUGGCUUCCAAAGGCCUCUUGGAUGCUGCUCACUUCUGCUACCUGAUGGCUCAAGUUGGCUUUGGCGUCUACACGAAGAAGACCACCAAGCUGGUGCUGAUCGGCGCAAACCACAGCUUGCCUUUUAUGAAGUUUGCCAGCAGCGAGGCUAUUCAGCGGACAGAGGCCUACGAAUACGCGCAGUCCCUGGGGACUCAGCCAUGCUCUCUGCCCAACUUCCAGGUUUUUAAGUUCAUCUACACUUGCCGGCUGGCUGAGAUGGGACUAACCGCACAAGCAUUUCAUUACUGCGAAGUGAUUUCCAAAGCCAUCCUUAAAAAUCCCGGUUACUAUUCACCAGUUCUUAUCAGCCAGGUGAUCCAGAUUUCCUCCCAAUUGCGGCUUUCUGACCCUCAGAUAAAAGAAAAGCCUGAGCAGGAAUUAUUUAUUGAGCCUAACUGGCUAAUUCAGCUUCGAUACUUAGAUGGGCAGAUUAAGGAGGGCUCCUUUGGGUACAGCGCAGGGCGCUUCACGCCCCAGCAGUAUGCCUCCAGCACGCCGAGCUCCGAGCCCGACCACACCAGUCAGAAUGAGGGCCUGGGGGGUGGCCCAGAACUGAACUCCAGCAACCCGCUGUUGGCCUCCCUGCUGCCCAGCAUGGUCCACCCCGUGCAGAGUGUCCAGCUGAUGCCUUCAGCUCCUCCGACCGUUCUGGAUGGCUCAGGAACUCUGGCGCCGCCUUCCCAGCAGGAGCCUGCCAGCACUGUCCCGUUCUACCCCGUGGUAUCUUCCUCUGGGGGCCCAGGACCCAGCUUCCUGUGCCCCUCCGGAGCCGAGCAGAACCCCAUGUACUUGGGGCCGACGAUGCUGCCAGCAGGCCCCCCUCAAGGUCCUGAGCUACAGCCACAGGAGCCAGCCCAGCACGAAGCAGCCCCGGCUGAACCUCCUGCUUGGAAGGCAGUUCCAAAGUCCGGAGAGGAGGACUUCUAUGGGAAGAUGGCAAACAUGGGCCCAGGCCGACGAUCCAGAUCGACCUCCCAGUCUUCGGCCCACAUGGGCCUGGGGCGGCGGUCUCGGACCACCUCGGAGUCUUCUGUGCAUUCUGUUGGCCGGGAGAGGCGAAAUUCUGCCGCGAAGCAGCCCUCUCCGCCCCCUCCCUCGAUCCCAGAAGGGAAGAAAACCCCAAAAGAAGCCAAGAAGGACCUGGCACCUCGGAAAAGUGGUGGCACUUGGUUUGGCUGGCUGAUGGGGAAAAACAAAAAUGAAGCUCAUCUUCCUGAUGAUAAGAACAAGUCGAUCGUUUGGGACGAAAAGAAACAGCGAUGGGUCAACUUAGACGAACCUGAAGAGGAGAGCAAACCCCCUCCGCCUCCUCCCACGGGAUUUCCUCAGGCUGUUCCCUCCGGACCAGCAGGGCCUCCCAGCGCCUCCGUCAACAUGUUCUCCAGAAGAGCAGUGGGAAGUAAAGCUCGCUACGUGGACAUCCUGAACACAAGCAAAGCCAAGUCCCCCGUUGCUGCCCCAGCUCCAGCCGACCUUUUUGCUCCCUUGGCCCCGAUGCCCAUCCCUGCAAACCUGUUUGUACCCAACUCAGUUCCUGAAGAGCAGACCCUGCUGGAGGGCGGAGUUGCACAAGAUCAGGUGGCACCAGGGAACAGUGCCAACCCUGAGUCAGCUGGAGAAGUUCCAUAUUUAAAUUCUGCCACAUUUCCACCUGGCACCGAGCUUCCUGCGUCUAACUCGGGAGACGCCCAGACUGGAGAGCUUUCGCGCUCUAGUUCAAUGAGUUCAUUAUCCCGUGAAGUCAGCCAGCAUUUAAAUCAGGCAUCUUCUGGAGAUCCUCCAACUGGCGCUGUCCAGUUCUACAAUCCUUCGCAGUUUGCACAGCCUGCUGCAGUUCCAGUUGGUUCACGGCUUGGCAGAAUUGGGCAGAGAAAAUACCCUACCUUAAAAUAGCAUCCAUUCAGUCUCUCAAUCGGGCCAUCACACAUGGAUUCCCAAAAGAUGUCAUGGGGUGCCAGUGCCCUUUCUCAAAUUGAGAAUCGAUUUGGGUGGCUUCUCCAUGGAGACUGUGGCCGAUGUUGAUUACCAAAUGCUCCUUGUUACCUAACAGGUGGCUGGAGUGGUCAAACUUCAGAGGGACUGGAGAGAUCAACCAACAGGAAUGCAGUUGUGGCUGUCUGAAAAAGGAGUCAAACCGAAGGCAAGGGGGUGGUCUUUUCCCCCCAGCUUUACUAAAAUCUGCUACUCCAUCUAUGGUGGACUUCUCCCGUGUCAUCUUUUAAUAUUACAGUUUGUGGCCUUACAGGGAUUGGAGCAUAGUUUUAAUGCAUAUAAACCACUACCUGGGUUUAUUGCUCAUCUGGCACAUUAAGAGAAUUGGCGGGGAUUUUCUUUUCCUAUUGACCUUCCCUCACCCCCAACUUUUGGGGAGGGAACUGUAGCUGAUCCAAAUAUGCAGACAGGUGUAUAAUGAAUAGGGGAAAGGAAAAACAAAACUGUGAUUUGUAAUCUAAGAUUUAAUUGGAAGUGGAUUUUCUUUAGUGUGUAUGUAGUUUGUGUCUUAGGCUCCUUGUAAAGCAAACCGUAGAGUCAGAGCAGAAGCUCUUUGUAUAGCGUUUCACAGUGUUCUCUUUCUGAUAAUUCCUCUUGAAGUGCAAUAUGGCUCCUUUCUGAAACCCAGAACCCUCAAAUAACACCGUAACAGCUCAAAAGGGCUUAGUGUUCUAUUUUUUAAGCGUAGCGUGGAAGUUUUCAUUCUUCUGUCUCGGACCUCCUCCAUUACCAACUGGCUGAGUUCAUCAUUGGCUGACUAUCACUUCUUUACUAAUUGAAUUAGCAAGCCUCUCCAACGGAGAUAUGAAGCAGGUUUCAGGUGGAGUUGCAGGAAAUCCUCAAAGCUAUCAGAGGUUUUGCCAAGAUCUGUGUAAGCCUGAACAGUGACAAGAGGGAACUAAAUGUUGGUGCAGUGGUUGAUAAAGCCAGUUCAGAAGACCAAUGCUGGUUCAAGGAAUGCAGGGGUAUUUUUAAAUGUUGAUGCUUGGCUCCGUGGCUUAAUUAUACAUAUCUGGGUUCUGGAGAACCUUAAACAUGUUUCCAAGGAUUGCUGUGGGUGAAGAGUUGUAAAGAAGGCAGAACUUGUCUCAACCGCUGGUUGGCCUUUCAUCUAAUCGUCUUGAAUGUCUGGUUUGUCCCUUUAGACCUCUGUCUCUCUUGAGUUUCUCCAUGUCAAUGACCACCAAGCAUUUUUCACUUCCAGGUUUCCUCCUCCCAGAGAGCCACUCUCUGUCAUAAAUGUUAGAAUUGACACUGUACAUUCUUAAAUAAAAUAUUUUGCGCUCUGGA